AUGGAUCAACAAGGAAGGAGAAAUGCUCCAAUGGAUAGUUUGUCUCAGCCAGCGGUAAAACCUGAUGACAAUUCCAGUUUUCUUCAAAAAGCAUUUCAGCAUCUUAAACAGCUCUGUAUGGCUUGUUCCACAGGAACAGAAUAUAUUGAUAGCGACUCUGAAUGCAUCUACAAUCAAGAAAUACCCAAUGAGCAUAACGAAUUCGGAUUCGAGUCGUCCAAUUUUUACAAUGGUUCCCCAACAUCAAACAGUUUCAAUACUUCUGUAGAGGCAUUGAGUCUUGAUUAUUCGCUCAGCAUGCCGCAUGCAGACACGCUUUUGAAAUUAAGCAAUCUACCUGUAACGCAACAGUUCGCAGAGGAGAAAGGCUUUGUUACUCGAAGUAAGGAGGAAACAAAGAGAAUAAAAGUUCCAUUCGAGAAGGGAUUCUUCAGUAUUCUUUAUGGAACAUCGCGCACUCCUUUUCUGCAUGCACAAUACGCCGAUUUUUUCAUGUCAGAAUCUCAAGCUCCCAUUUCCAUUGAAAUUGAUAACGAGAAUGCAAAGAAGAGCAUGAAGCUAGCUGAAAAAAAUUUCCCUGAGGCUUUCGAGCAAUUUAUCAAUUUCCUAAAUGGUCCUAACGUACCUCUCUCUGUCCUUCUUCAUCACGUUAUGCUCUAUGACCUAUACUCCCCUCGGCUCAAGGACGCAAUUUGGGAUACUAUUAAAAACUACAUCCAGAAGAUGAAAGGAAGCUACGGAUAUACAGACUUGCAUGUCGAAGCUGCACGAUACAAGCUUACACACCCAAGGUUUAUCAUGGUCCAUCCAGAGGAACUCUUUUCCGUUUAUAACAAUCCUGACUGGGUUUGUGUUUCUAAUGAGCAUUUUCAUUGUAAUAUACACAUCCAACCUAUCGUCAGUAACGCCAUAAGGAGUAGAGAUGACCGUAUAAGAGAAGUGGCCUCAAAGUGUCAAACUCCAGUUGAAUAUGCAUGGCUAGCGCUAGGGCUAGCAUUGCGAAAGAAAGUCUCCAUAUUUCCAAUUCAUGCCUAUCUGAAUUGCAAAUCCAAAUUAUACGAUGAGACCAUUCCUCCUUCUUUAUUGUAUUAUUCAAAGGAAGACGAAAACAUAAAUACUUCAAACAUCGAGGAAAUUAUUAAUUACAUGUAUGAAAUCUUCAAUGCCGAAGCUGCUCUUUGCGGUACUUCUAGCAGGAACAAGGACAAUAUUAAUGCUUCAAAGAUGCAAUUCGCCAAUCUUGAAGUUAACAAUGUCAAACGAGAAAAAGAAACUAAGUUGCAGAAUCCAUUCGAGCCGGAAAACGUAACUCCCGGUAGUUGUUAA